AUGAGUCCGCUGUGGUGGCUCCUGACUGCUGCCCUGAUUGUGAUGACAACAGCAGCAACAGGAGAACAAGACGAACGUGUCCUCUCGUCUUCGCAUUCCUAUAAUCCGCUGGACGUCAUACCAAAUGUCUUCCUCCCAAGAGACCCUGUCAGAGCAGACCCAUUACCCAUGGCCACCUUUACGCUGCGCCUGGGCUUUGCCAACCAAGUCUUUACCGCACCCUCUGUUACAGACACGGUCGCCUUGGUGUGUCAAAUGAAUCGCCACGUCCAACAACGACUUCGCAACCAAACACAAGACCCGCUGCUCGAAUCGCAACUCGAACAAAUCGCAUUCUCUUCCGAACUGGACGCCAACAACCUGUUGCCCACGUGGGAACUCCAGUUCCAAGUCACGGCCACCUUUGGGUACAACGGCAAGACCAUUUCUCCGUGGACUAUUGUUCGCGUCUUGGACCUGGCUCCGGAUGAUAUUCGAUUUCUCUUGAGAGAGUAUGUGAGGCCGUUGGUGGACACGGUCUUUCCCCAAACGCAAACACUCGUGUUGGAAAGUCAAUUGCAAUCCACACCCGACAACAACAACGCAACCACAACAACCGUAGUAUGGGACACGAUGCCGCAAGUGUGUCCUCCUCCGCCAUCUCCCGUGAGCAAUAUUUUUGGGCGUUUGACGGCCGUUCCAGGACGAGCCAUUGAAAAUGAACGACAAGGAGUCUUCGAUUCCACACUAACCACUCCUCCAAAGGAUGGUGGAAUGACUUUGAACGACCACAGCAGGGCUAGAAAUAACCCCAACAACAACACUCCUCUAUCCGACACUCUGUUUCAACGAAACCAUCGAGUCGCCGUCACACUAUCCUUUUGGGUGGCCAAUAAUCAAGGCAUUACCAACGCCACGUGGAUUUCAUCCGAAUGGAUGGAACCGUCCUUUUCCCGGUUGGUUGAUCUGGCCGUCGCCGUCACCACUACCACCGCAUCACUCGCCGCCACGGUGCCUCGGGUCGUCCCGCACAGUGCCACCAUUGUGGACGUGACGCCAUCCAAGUGUCCACUAUUAGACGAAGCAUGGCACUGUCACAAAGUAGUCGGGCAAUACGAGAUGACGGUACAACAAGUGGGCAUUCCCCUGCCAGUCGACCCCGCACGGUACACCCAUGCCAUGCGUCGAGCGAUACAAAUGGGUGUCUACGAACAGGAUAUUUUGCAGCAAGACGGUGUGCGGGUGGCCAAUGAGCUGGAAGGACUACUACCGGUGCUCCUUGACGACGACACGACCAUCGAUGUCAACAACAACAACGAUUCGAUUUCUGGAGUAGAGACCAAACAUGACAUGGCCGCCAUUGUCAUCCCGGUCAUCAUUGUGCUCGCACUCGUACUACUGGCUGUCUUGGUAUAUCUACGACUGCGUGUACGUCGGAAAUUGCAACUCCUUCAACGACAACGAGAGACCGCCUUGUGGGAAAUGGAAGCAUUCUUGCUGCCGCCUUCUUCACCGUUGGAAGAGUAUCUCGAGCCGUCUCGAAAACACAAUGGGUUGGAAUGGGAAGAAACUGUUUGA